UGCAGUCAAUAGUAUUUUUGUUGUAUUUUGUGCUUAGAUUUCUUGUAUCUGGAUGAUGAAAGCAAAAAACGCAGCUGUGAACAAUAGCUCGCGAGUGGCUGACUUGAGCGUGCACUAAAACCCUGUGACUAUGACUACUUCGGAACUGGACAGCCGAAACAUUGCAAUUUCCAUGAGAAAGUCUGUGGAAAACCUGGUGAUAUCGUCUCAAGACGCCAUCGGGCAGAGCAUCAGCCAGGCUCUGACCUUCUCCGGGGUCAUCACACAGCACACCAACCAGAUACUACAGGAAACCAAAAACCUCUCACGCUCGCCAUCGCCAUCUUUACGCAACCCUGACGCUGAUCAACUAGAAAAUGACAAGGAUGGAGCCCCCGAUUCGGUGUCUCUCGGCAGCGCCAGCGAGCUGUCCCUACCGGCGGCCAUCGCGCUGCGGAGUGAACAGAGGUACUCGACGGUAUCACUGCCAGAGAUCAUUGAGUUCCGAGGAUACGAAGUGCGCACAUCCGAAGGCCGCACCAAGAAGAAAAGCUGGUAUAGUUCCUUCUACCCGACUUACAAGAGCAAGUGCGAAGAUUUCAAGAGGCUUUUCAAAGAUCUGCCUGACGAAGAGCGACUUAUUGUUGACUAUUCCUGCGCCCUACAAAAAGAUAUCCUGGUCCAUGGACGUCUAUAUGCGUCGCAGAACUACCUCUGUUUCCACGCCAGCAUCUUCGGAUGGGAGACCAGCUUAUCACUACGGUGGAAAGAUGUCACUGCGAUCACUAAAGAACGAACAGCGCUGGUGAUACCAAACGCGAUCCUCAUUUGUACGGAAACGGAGAAAAAUUUCCUCACAUCAUUCUCCGGGCGGGACAAAUCCUACCUGAUGCUGUUCAGGAUCUGGCAGAACGCCCUCAUGGGACAGCCUGUCAGCAGCCAGGAGAUAUGGCAUUGGGUCCACAAGUGCUACGGCGAAGAGCUAGGCUUCAAUUCGGACGACGAGGGGUAUUCCAGAGACUUGCCUGACCCGGCCGUGUUGCCUGAGAUCGUUGACCCGCCAGACACAGCUUCUGAGGAGUUGGCGGAGACUUCGUCGAUGGACGCGGGCGGCGACCGCGACGAGUCGCGGGAGAGAAACCAGCGCGUGCGAGACUCUUCACCCACAGGCACAGUUCGGUUCGCAGUGGGCAACGGCAGCGGCCUCGGCGCGGACGGCGACGCGCUCCCGACAGACAUGUCGGACUCCAGCGACUCGGAGCCCGACAAACCACACAAUGGCGGCGGCGCAGAGAAAUGCACUAACGCUCACUCGGGCAAAGUGUUGCUGCGUCAAGAGUUCCCGUUCCCCAUCGACCAAAUGUUCACAAUGAUCUUCACCAACUCCAAAUUUAACUUGGAACUGUUAGCUGCUAGGGGCACCACUGAUUAUGUUCAGGCGCCCUGGCAGCCGGCGGCGGGGCUGAAGUGCCGGCAAGUCAGCUACACGCUGGGGCUCACGUCGGGGCCCAUCGGGCCUAAAGAAGUACACGUCACGGAGACACAAGUUAUGAACAAAUGCUCGUGUCCGGGACACCUCUAUUCAAUCGACUGCACGACGGAGAACGCGGGCAUUCCUUACGCGGACUACUUUACAGUCGAAGUUCACUAUUGCUUGCAGCGAGUAGCAGAGAAUUCCACAAGCUUGCAGCUUUUCGCGUACGUGAGGUAUAAGAAGACUAUGUGGCCUAUGGUUAAAGCAUUCCUAGAAAAGAACACAAUGUCCGGUCUGGAUGACUUCGUGCGGCUGUUGGAGUCCAGGCUGCUCGCCGAGGCGGAGGGCGCGGCGCCCGCCAAGCGGAAAGGACGACGGACGAGGAGACAGACAGCAUCAUCACAAGAAGCAGCAGUGGCCGUCGUGAAGCCGACGACCGCAAUCCUAGCCCCCCGAGCCAGUGUGUCCCGCCCCGCGCGACAGAACAGCUCCUGGCUCGUCGGAAUACUAGUGUUGCUACUGUUGCUUAACGCGCUGCUCUACUACAGACUCUACUAUUCCGCGCCGAAGGCUAUAGACGCCGCGGAAUUGCAAGACAGAAUCAACUCCCUGAGCGGCGCGCAGCUGGCGGACUGGUCGGCGCUGCUGGAGGCGCACGCGCGGCGCCAGCGCGGCCAGCUGCUCGCCUGGCGCCGCGCGCUCGACGCCGCGCGCCAUCAUCUAGCUCAGACGGAGCAGGCUCUCAAAAACCUACUAGAGACAAUCAAACCGACGUUAGAAAAAGACGACGAUUCGCCGCGAACCGACCUCUGAGCGAACACCUCUCCCAGCAUUGGCCGCAAUUCGUCCAACAUUGACCAACGCUCAUCCAACAUUGGAUUAGGUCCGUCCAACAUUGACGAGGAUUCGACCAAUGUUGAACCGGAUUCAAUCAAUGUAAGUUCUUCGUCCAAUGUUGCGAAUUCGACCUCUGGCUUGGAUAACGUCAUGGAUUCGUCCAAAGUUAUAUUGGGCUCGAUUUACAUCGGUUGGCUUCGUCCGACGUUUAUUGUCUUCGUACAUUGUCCAGGAUUCGUGCAACAUGGCAAUAACUCGCCUAUUAGUCAGUGUGGGUCUUAUGACCAAUAUGUUGCUCAUAACCAAAUAUGACCAGAGAUGUGUUAACCAACAUAUUGGUUAUUAAGCUGUAUUAGAUUAUUAUGACGUCAAUAUUAGUUAUAAUGGGUAUAUUGUGACACACUUAGGUAUUGAGCCAAUUCAGCUAUUAUUAUAUUGUUCCUACAAAUAAUCAACAUAAAUAUAAGUUGGUCACAAAUACAUUGAAUAUUAUAGCUAUAAUUUUGACAUAGUUAUGUCGGUCUUAUAAUACAGGUUAAUAACGUGUUGGUGCAGUAUGUAGAAGAUAACAAAUUAUGUUGGUCAUAUAAUAUGAAACGUAACGAAUUAUGUUGGUCGUAUAGUUCACUAUAAUGAGUUAUGUUGGUCACAGUAUGUGAAACAUAGCUGUUUAUGUUGGUAAUGUAUCCACAAUUGUGAGUAUUUUUGAUGCUGCAGCUACGCUAAGGGCCCCCUCUCAGUUAGCGUCUCGCGAGCGUAGCGUUGCAACUGUAUGGAAAAAGACGCCGCGUCGGCGCGACGUCGACGCGGCGUCAAGCUUUGCCAUACAGUUGGCCCGACGCUGAGGUGGGGCCCUAAUGCGUGGAGAAAAAUGUGGCAUUCAUAGGAUAAAGGUACCAUUGUCGAUUGUCAAUAAAAUCAUACCAUAAGAUGCAAUUUAUAAAUCGCUUUUAUUCACAAUUGUCGAUGAUCCUUUUGUGUAAAAAUGUCACAUAUAAUGCUCUCGAGUCUCGAUUGCUUUUUACAUUUGUAACUAGGUGUUUAAUCAGACGAAAUUUAUUAUAAAAAAAUAUCUGCCUUUGGCUUUGCCAUACAUACUAAUAUUACCCCUGCUAGUGCUUACACACUGAUAAUGAUAAUGUUAAACCUCAUUGAAUUCUUGGGUAAAAAAAUGUUUCUAUCCAUAUUAUAAAAAUAUUCCGCCAUACGUAAGUUUCUCCCACCAGGCGCCGUAGCCGAAUGGCAUUUCUGCUACGCGAAACGCCACAGAAACGCCGCAGAAAUGUAGUCUGGCUCAGUCGCGCCAAUACGCAAGAGCGAUAGAGAUAGAUAGCUACGAAAGAGAUAUUAUCGUGAGCGUUUGUGCAUUCGGCUACGCACACUGUACGGAAAUAUUGCCAAUGCCAUGUCGGUGAACAAUAAACUUAGCAUAGUCGGAUAUUAGGUAACUCGCAAAAUAAGUUUUUCAACAAUAUGAUUUGCAUUUGAUCGUAUGUUAUAUACAUAUUAUUGACACAUUGCAUAAUUCAUACAAUUGGGUGAAUCAACUUUUUCUUGCUUUUUGCAAGAAUUACCCUUACUUAUUAUUAGGUCUACUUUUGUG